UAAAUCUUCAGUUCUCUCCACGGUCAGGGAUGCUGAUGGGUCAUGUCAAGAGAAGAGGCGAGUGGAACCUAACUGCUCCUGGACUUUUCUUCUUUGCAAACAAGACACGACUCAAUCUGAAGCAGUUUACAAGAAGACUGUGAAAAGGAAACUCGUUCUUUCGUAAUAUAACUAUAAACUGCGGAGCGCAUUUCGGAGGAUAUUGGCGGAUCAUCACAUAAUGUUUCCAGAGGGAGGAAGCUUGACUCUCAGCGUGUUUUUGAUCGUGGCGCUGUCAUGUGAAGCAAGAGGUCCUCCAUGGGUGAGUCGUCAUGUGGAGGAAAGACAGACAGCGACACUAGGCAACACCGUGCGACUGCCAUGCCCGGUGGAGGGUGACCCCCCUCCACUGGUGCUGUGGGUGAAGGAUGGGCGUAAUGUGAACCCAGGCUGGACCCGCUACAAGGUUCUGAAGCAGAGCCUGAAGAUCAAAGAAGUGGAACUGGAGGAUGCCGGCUUGUACAUCUGCCGCAUCACCAAUGGAUUUGGCAGCCUCGCCCUCAACUUCACACUCAUUGUAAUUGAUGAUGCAGCCAUGACACAGAACAAACCUCCACCAACUGCACCAGAACCAAAUGCAGAGCCAAUCCUGCGGGACCCUUUGGUGAAGCCACGCUUCAGCCAGCCUGCAAAGAUGCGCAGGCGAGUGCUAGAGCAGCCUGUUGGCAGUACGGUGCGACUAAAAUGUCUGGCAAGUGGCAAUCCAGAACCGGUUAUUACAUGGUGGAAAGACCAGACCCAGCUUCCCGGUCUGCACCACAAUAAACGGCCACAGUGGACUCUGACUCUGAAGAAUCUGCAGCCCCUGGACAGUGCCAGAUACACCUGUCAUGUCUCCAAUGUAGCUGGGCACAUCAAUGCCACCUAUAAGGUGGAUGUAAUUGAGCGCACCAACUCAAAACCUAUUCUCACUGGUACUCAUCCUGUCAACACAACUGUGGAAUUUGGUGGAACAGCCUCUUUCCAGUGUAAAGUUCACAGUGAUGUGAAGCCAGUGAUCCAGUGGCUGAAGCGAGUUGACCCUGGCACUGAGGGGCGCUAUAACUCCACACUGGAGGUAGGAGGGCAGCAUUUUGUGGUGCUUCCCACCGGGGAUGUCUGGUCUAGACCUGAUGGUUCCUACCUCAACAAGUUGGCCAUCGUCAAAGCUCGGGAAGAGGAUGCUGGAAUGUAUAUCUGUCUAGGGGCUAAUACCAUGGGCUACAGCUUUCGCAGUGCUUACCUCACUGUACUUUCAGAUCCCAAGGUGGAAAAGCCUGUGAUUCCUCGCCACAUUAGCCCCGGACUUCCCUGGCCAUUGAUCAUUGGCAUCCCAGCUGCAGCCCUCCUCAUCGUUGGAACCAUCGUGCUCUGGUUGUGUCACAGCCGUAGGCGGCAGAGCACUUUGCCUCCCAGAUCAACAACCUAUCGAGACCACCACAUUCCAGACAAAGAACCCAGCAUGCCCAGCAGCAUCAGCCCUGACAUACCCAACCAGAGACUAAUGAGAAUGCCCCCAACUCUCAGUGGUCCCUCAAAGAUUUAUACCAAGGUCUACACAGACCUGCACACUCACACGCACACACACUCCCAUGCACACAUGGAGGGCAAAGUUCACCAGCAUUUCCAUUACCAGUGUUAACCAGUUACCAAUGUCUUCAUCAGUUGACAAGUGCUGCUGCUUAUGUUGUCACAAGCUCUCUAAAGCCACCGCUUGAGGACCACAAAUGUACUUUAGAACUGCACAAGACUGGAAGCAAAGUGGAGAGACCCAUGAGUACUGAUAAAAAAAGAAGCUUUUCAAUAACACAAUGCGGAUCAAAGAAGCAUGUUCUGGUGGAUCUCAUUUACGUUGAAUUUCUUCAAGUCAGGGAAAAUGUUUUGCAGUUAGUAAGGCUGCAAUGGACCUAAAUGUACCUUUUAGUUCUUUCGAUUUUAAAAGAGUGAUUCUUAUAAUAGUGAAUUCAAGCAACCAAAGUGAGUACUAACGCUCUUGAGAACAAUACUGGGACCCUCUGCUAUUGUCAGGCCAAGCAUUACACAGGAAGUGCAGUGGAAAUACUUUAUAUUUGGUAAAACUGUGAUGAUAUCUGUUAAGAGAAAGCUAGUGGCUCUAGCAAGGCUGUUUACAAUGUGUUCUGUACUUUACUGUCAGUAAAUUAGAAAGAUGUGGUGUUUUCUUCUCGUUUGUUUGUUUGUUUUAUGUUUUGCAACAUUAUAUUGUGAAGAAACUAUGCAAGGAAAUUGUGUACUUACGUCAGGGAAAUUGGAUGGAUGGCUAAAUGUAAAGGGGGUAAGGGCUUCUGUUGUAUUAGCAUUCAAAUGUAUAUUGUGUGUAUGUAUUCAAGCUCAACUUUCUAAUAAUUGCAGUAUUACUUUAAUGUACUUUCUCUAUGCCAAUACAAUCACACUGUUUGCUAAUUGCAAUAUGAGCAAACUGUAUUUUAUUUUGUAACUUAUAGAUGGACAUUGUAUUUUAAGCUGAAUUAUUGCAAUUUAUAAAUGGACUGUAACCAUGGUAAUUUACCAGUUCUAUUUGAUGAUAAUACAUUUUCCAUCUCCCAAAAACACUAGUCACUCCACCAGGUCUUUAGAGAGCCAUGCUGUCUACAGAAUACAAAUAUCUCCAGUCCAUAAAUGUGAUAUGUAAAUGUUUAUCUAAGAUACUGCAUGCUGCAAUUUUACUUUGGUGCUCAUUUAAGUUUAUCUUAAUAAUAUUUUU